AUGCUACAAAGGCAUCAGCCAUACGAAUUGGCGAUACCAUCCAAUCAUGACCAACUCAAGGCCAUAAAGAUACGUCUUACAAAUGAAACAAACAGAAUACUAUCAAGGCGUGAUGAAGCAAAGAGGUCAAACAUUGAGAGGCAACAACAAGCACAGUCUAAUCAACAACAGACACCAUCAUCACCCCAACAACAACAACAUCAGCAACAACAACAUCAGCAACAACAACACAGACCCUCAUCUCCACCACCAGUGUUUGAUGAUGAUGAUUAUGAUGCACAGCAACCAAGUGCUUUGCCAAAGACACCACUUCAAGGCUAUCUUAGGAAGCAGGGGGAGAAGGGAUUGAUCAAGGCAUAUAAGAAGAGAUGGUUCAUACAGAAGGACUCAAAGCUGUUCUACUAUGAGAAGGAGGGCGACACACAACCAUAUGGCUACAUCAACUUGUUGGACAUGCUAAGUGUUCGAACGAUUGACUCUGGCUUUGAGCUGGCUACCACCGGUCGCAUAUACAAUCUUCAAGUGCUGCGACCAUCAGACCUCAGCUACUGGACAGAUGGACUCAAAGAGCUCAAAAAGUGCUAUGCAUCUUCGUUACGUCACAGCAAUGACAAGGUGCCCGCGGCAAUCAUCAACCCUCCACAGAGUAGUAGCAACAACAGCAGCAACAGCAGCGCCAAUAGAGAGAGCAUGGGAUUGAAGCCAUUCACAUCAGACAUGUCAUAUGAGAGCUUUGUCAAUGCCAACAAGGGGCUGUCAGCAUUGUCAGUGAAUGAUUACAAGAGAUACUCUGUCGUGGUCAAUCCACAAUCCAAUCGAUCACGUGGCAGCAAACGAUUCACUCCUACUCCUCCCACCUCCGCCCAAGACGACACUCCUCAAUCAUCAUCCCCCAUCAAUCAUGAGAUGGUAGUGGCACAAUCACCUGAUGUUCAAGGCGUCACCACGGAGCCGCAACACGUCCAGACUGAAGCCCAACUCCAGGUCCAAGGCCAGGUCCAGACUGAGGACUUGGCAAUCGAUGCAUUGGACGAGGAAAGAUUGAUGAGAGCCAAACUAGAGACAGAGAUUGAUCAACUAAAGUCAUCACUGGCAAAGCAUGAGGAGAUGGAAAAGAAGAACAAAAGAGAUAUAAUGACAAAGGAUAGAGAUAUACAGAGAUUGCUGAAGGACUUGGCAGAGAGAAAUGUCAAGAUCAAGGAGAUGGAUGGCAGAUUGGAGGAGCUGACGACGGCCGUCGAGUCAAUGCCCGUGGUGGACUCAACCUGGUCUCAAGAGAUAGCGACACGAGAUCGCACCAUACUAUCGAUGAGGGAGAAGAUUGGUGAGCUGAGCAUGAGGCUCAAGCUUAGAGACAAUUCUGUACUAUUAGUCAAACGAGAGAAUGAGAUACUACGCGAUGAGAAUGAGAAGAAGGAUAGAUGUAUCAAUAUGUUAUACGACAACAAUCACAAUCAUAUCAACAACAACAGUAGUGGCAGGCCAAGCUCAAUAGAUAUAAUUAGGUUAAGAGAGUCUAUUCUAGCACAUCAAUCACAGAAUGGAUACCUGAUGACAGAGAUGAGCAGAUUGGAGACGGAGAAUCAGUUGAAGCAUGAUGCAAAGGAUGAGAAGAUCAAUCAGUUGGAGACAUCACUCAAUGAAAUAGUCUAUCAGUAUCAGAACUUGAGAGAACUACUUCAUGGCACGUCGACAACUGCCGACUAUGUAAAGAGUAUCGAGACAGAGUUGAUGGAGCUCAAACGUGAUUACUUUAGGUCGUUGGCAAUAUCAUUCAAACUACAAUGUGUUGGUGCUCAUGACAUUGAUGACAACGCUGACAAUGACGAUAGACCAGCCAUGGCUUCAUCGACCAUUACACAGUCUAACAUGUUAGACAUUACAUCACUCUACGAAGAAGUGGUCAAGAACAGUAUACCAUUCAAACAAUGGCCAGACUGGAUAUCGUCCAAGGUAGCUGUUGUGUCCAGCACGGAUAGUCAUUUGCCAAGUGUAUAA